AUGAGAUUGGGCAUCUACUACGAUUUCAAAACUAAUCAAAAUCUAGUAUUUCAAAAAAGAAAAGCUCACGCAAUCUUUAAGAGCAUUAACAAGCCAGAUGAUUAUCAAAAUUUCAGUUUUCUUCGGGCUAUAUAUAAAAAAUUGAGUAAACAAUGCUACAAAAAAUUUAUCGACUCUACUGAAGAAACAUUUUGUGCUUAUCCAUCUAAAUUUUGGGAUUUUGUUGGAAAGAAUAAAACAGGUCAGUCUAUUCCCAGGACUGUCACGCUCAAUGGUAUUAUGAGUAAAAAUAAUAAUGAAACAGUGGACUUUUUCUCUAAACAUUUAAAUUCUGUAUAUUCUGUGUCAAAUAUCAACUAUAAAACUGAGUUAUCCCAAUCCCUUAUUCAUGAUCUUCCGAGCAACUGUUUCUUUGAUAUAUCAGAUGUUGAAAAAGGUUUAUCACGCCUGAAAGGAAAUAAUUCUAUUGGCCCGGAUGGUAUCUCAGGUGAUUUCUUAUUCUCGAUCAGAUCGUCUAUAUGUUUCCCUUUAUGGCUUCUAUUUCGAAAAUCUCUUGAUUCAAGAUCCUACCCUGAAAUACUCAAACUUAGUUCCAUAACGCCGAUAUUUAAAUCUGGUGAUAUUUYUAAUGUAGCUAACUAUAGGCCAAUAACUAUCAUCAGUCAUAUAAGUAAACUGUUUGAAUCCUUAGUCUUAAAUUCUAUCCAAUCUGCGGUAAAUCAAAUCAUAAUAGAUGAGCAACAUGGGUUUCGCCCUAAUCGGUCAGUUAACACAUGCAAUCUAGUGUUCACUGAUUAUGUGUUUGAUGCCUUUGCAAAAAAGAAUCGGGUUGACGUAAUUUACACCGACUUCAGUAAAGCCUUUGAUAGGGUUAACCAUGCUGUUCUUAUGAAAGUCCUUGCCAGUAGUGGUUUUGAGGAGCCUUUGUUAUUAUGGUUUAGCUCUUAUCUAUCCGAUCGCAAGCAACUCAUAAAAGUAUUUGGUAUUAAAUCACAGAAAGUUAUUCGCCACAGUAAAUUCUUACUAUUUGCAGAUGACUUAAAGCUAUUUCUAGAAAUUUGCUCAGUACAUGACUGUCAAUUACUUCAAAAUAACUUGUGGGCACUGGACGCCUGGGCUGUAAAUAUUGGUUUGGAUUUUAAUGUCUCCAAAUGUUGCUCAAAAGCUUUUUAUAGAGGUCGGACUCACUUGGAUUUUAAAUAUUCACUUUGUGGAACCUAUCUUGUUAUUGAAUCGAAUACUGUGAAAGACCUCGGUGUUUUCUAUGAUAGUAACUUAAAUUUUCAUAACCAUAUAAAUACGACAUGCUGUAAAGCUGUAAAGCAUAUUGUGCGCUCAUCAGAUCUAUUCUUGAAUUUUCUGUAA